CCUGUUUGUUGGAGGACUGCCUCAUAAUUUCUCAGGAUUUCAAAUGGUCCUUCUUUUUGACCUGGGAUAAUAGCGGUGCAAGGCUUGUGGUGUCACAUCGCAGUGGAGUCACACAGCUGCUAACAUGUUUAAAAGUGGGCUGAAGAUCAUGGGGAUGACCCCUGAUCUGUUCCCGGAAACACCCCUGGUCCCGUCCCUGCCCGCAAUAUCGUCUGCACGAGCCAGCUCCGUCCCUCAGAAGCCUCGGAGGCACAGCAGCGGCGGAAGUGACAACGCUGUCAGGCCCCGGCCGUUGCGCUUAGCCCCCAGGCCAGGCCCCAGCCGAGGCAGCAUGGAAGUGGGCAUGCGCGUGGUGCGUGGCCUGGACUGGAAAUGGGGAAACCAGGAUGACGGUGAGGGCCACGUGGGCACUGUGGUGGAGAUCGGUCGGCAGGGCAGCACUACCACACCAGACAAGACAGUGGUGGUGCAGUGGGACAGCGGCACACGAACCAACUACCGCACUGGCUACCAGGGUGCCUAUGACCUACUGCUUUAUGAUAAUGCUCAAAUUGGCGUGCGCCACUCCAACAUUAUCUGUGACAGCUGCAAGAAGCAUGGCAUCAUGGGAAUGCGAUGGAAGUGCAAGGUGUGCUUCGACUAUGACCUGUGCACCCAGUGUUACAUGAACAACAAGCAUGACCUGAGCCAUGCUUUUGAGCGUUAUGAGACAGCACACUCCCAGCCUGUGAGCUUGGCACCGAGGCAGAACCUCCCACGAAUCAUCCUAAAAGGAAUCUUCCAGGGGGUUAAAGUGGUUCGUGGACCUGACUGGGACUGGGGCAACCAAGACGGUGGGGAGGGUAAGGUUGGGAAGGUAGUGGACAUUCGCGGCUGGGACACAGAGUCUGGUCGCAGCGUGGCUAGUGUCACCUGGUCUAAUGGCACGACCAAUGUCUACCGAAUGGGGCACAAGGGCAAGGUAGACCUCAAAUUCGUGUCUGAUGGCCAAGGAGGCUUCUAUUACAAAGACCACCUACCAAAAUUAGGAGAGCAUGCAGAGCUGCAGCGCCAGGAGAGUGCUGAUGGUCACUCCUUCCAGCAGGGCGACAAGGUCAAAUGUCUCUUGGAGGUGGACAUUCUGCGACAGAUGCAGGAGGGCCACGGAGGGUGGAACCCCAAAAUGGCAGAGUACAUUUGCCGGAUUGGGACUGUUCAUAGAAUCACUGACCGAGGGGAUGUCAGAGUCCAGUACAGCAACAACAUCCGCUGGACUUUCCAUCCUGGGGCUCUCACCAAGGUGAACACAUUUGGAGUCGGUGAACUAGUAAGAGUAUUGGAGGACAUGGAGAGUGUGAAGAGACUGCAGGCUGGCCAUGGAGAGUGGACAGACAGCAUGGCUCCUGUGCUUGGCCAGGCUGGGAAGGUAUUGAAAGUAUACGCGGAUGGUGACCUAAGGGUGGCGUUUGGAGGCCAGACUUGGACUUUCAACCCAGCAUGCCUCUCGGCCCAGCCCGUGGAGGUGGAUGCCAACCUCAUGACAGCCGAGAACCCCAACGAAUCUGGAAGUACUGUCAUCUCAGUGUUGGAGAAGCUGCUGUCUCAGUCCACAGAGCAGGACAAUCCCAGCCGACUGGUCAUUGAGGCAGCACACGGCAGUGCCAACAAAGUGCGGGAGUUGGUGCAGAAGUAUCCUGACAAGGUGGAUAUAAAGAACCAGGGCAAGACUGCACUGCAGGUUGCUGCUCACCAAGGCCACAUGGAGGUGGUGAAGGCCCUGCUGCAGGCCAACGGCUCCAUAGAGGUCAAGGAUGAAGAUGGAGAUACAGCAUUACACUACACUGCCUUCGGUAAUCAAGCAGAGAUUGCACGGCUGCUGCUGAGCAAGGGGGCAAAUGUCAACCUCCUAAACAACUCCAUGUGCACAGCGCUCCACAUUGCCGUCAACAAGGGCUUCACCGAUGUGGUGCGAGUAUUGACCGAACAUUCAGCUGAUGUCAAUCUCCAGGAUUCAUAUGGGGACACACCGCUCCAUGACGCCAUUGCUAAAGACUUCCGCAAUAUUAUCGAGAUCCUGGUUGUGGUGCCCAACAUUGACUUUACCCAGCAAAACCACAGAGGUUUCAACUUGCUGCACCAUGCUGCCCUCAAAGGAAACAAACUGGCCACAGAGAAGAUCCUGGCCCGAGCACGGCAGCUGGUGGAUGUUAAGAAAGAGGAUGGCUUCUCUGCGCUGCAUCUGGCCGCCCUCAACAACCACCGCGAUGUUGCGGAGAUCCUCAUCAAGGAGGGACGCUGCGACAUCAACAUCCGCAACAACCGGAACCAGACACCGCUGCAGCUGGCGGUGACGCAGGGCCACAUGGACCUGGUGCAGCUGCUGGUGGCCGAGGGCGCCGACGUCAACAUGGAGGACGAGGACGGUGACACGGCCAUGCACGUGGCCCUCCUUCGCCCGCAGCUGGCCAAUGUCAUGCUAAGCCCCACCGUGGGAACCAGCAGCACCGAGGAAAACAGUGAAGGUUGCUCCUCCACAUCGCUGUACUGCAGGCUGAGCGCUUCAGGUCUUCUGGGGAAUACCGAGAUGAGUGUUGGUGCAGCUAUUGCUUGUUUUCUAGCACAGGAAGGGGCUGACAUCAACUAUGCCAACCACAAGGGCAAGAGUCCGCUGGACCUGGUGGCAGACAGCACGAUGCUGCAGCUCAUCAAGAACUUCUCUGAGAAACACAGGUUGCAGCGUCUGCAGGCCAUCACGUGUGGACAGGGCCUGAGCAGCGCCAGCUUGCGGCGGGUCCACACAACACCCAACACCAUGACCAACCUGGUUCUUCCCACACUACCAGGGCCCAGCGAAUGCCUGAUCUGCUCCGAGCUGUCUCUGCUGGUUCUCUUCUGCCCCUGCCAGCACAGCGUGGCCUGUGAAGAGUGUGCCCAUCGAAUGAAGAAAUGCAUCAAAUGCCAGGUCACAAUCACCAAGAAAAUUAGACAAGACCAAACGGAGGUUGACUGCAGUCCUGGCACAGAGAACUCGGACCAGCACAACCUGCUGGAGCAGCUGCAGUCUCGCUACCGACAGAUGGAGGAGCGGAUCACCUGCCCCAUCUGCAUCGACAACCACAUCAAGCUGGUCUUCCAGUGCGGACACGCCUCCUGCAUCGACUGCAGCGCUGCGCUCAAGACCUGCCCGAUUUGCCGGCAGACCAUCCGCGAGCGGAUCCAGUUAUUUGUCUAAGCUUCUCUGUCCUCUCAGCUCUUAACGACCCAAAGAGGAUGUUGAAGGGGGCUAGAGAGAAGGGGGCUAGAGAGAAGGGGGGGUGGGUGGGAGGGGGCGGCUGUUACCUUUUGAAGACCUAGUGACCUACUUCUAACCAUAGGUUGCUUUUACUAUAAGAUGCUGUGUUACAUCUCUGAGAGUCCACUGUUACAUUUGAGUAGUUUCCCUCUCCAGCAGCGCAGGCAGGAACAUGUCGAUGACUUUAACCUAAUUUUCGUCAUCAGAACUCUUGUUCUGCCGAGCCCCACGGGAAGCAGACAAGGUGAAUUUCUGAGGUGAAGCUGCCACUUUGAAUACUCUGAUUGGUAAGCCGGGAGAAAACGAUCCCUCGCCUCUUCUUUUCCUCACUCCCGCCCAGCCUCCACCUCCUGUAGUCUGUCCUUUCAUUGCUGCUUUAAGUGGAUGUCUGUUACCCAUCAUCCUCUCUGGCUGUCUGGCCUCCUCUGUUUACAAGGCUGCGCAGAAUCAGUCCCCAUCUUAUCGCCCCUCAGACUGUCCUGUGAAUUAUGUUGGCUCUCAUUUGUACCGAUCUCUUAAUAAUCAGUGUUAGUCUCUGCAGAGGGAGUUGGUAUAACUAAAGGCUCUCUAUAUACUCCCCAGCCACUCGCCUGUAUGCAAGGGGAAAUACACACUAUAUAUGCAUGAAUAUAUGCAUAUUGUAAAGCUGAAAAUGACUUGGUUGUCAUGGGUGAUUUGUCCUUGCUGUUGUUUUAUUUCUCUCUGGUUACAUUUGUGUUUUUUAAUGUACUGAUAAGUACAGACUUUUAUUUAUGCGUGAAAGCUGGUAUUAUUUGGUAUGUCCUUUUUGUUGUUGGUGUUGGCUUGGCAAAAAUGUUCGUUUCUACUGAAAUUCACCCCAAGCCUAUGUCCUCUACUCAGGGUAUCAAAUCAUUGAAAGCACUUGUGAUAUCCAUAAAAGGUUAAAGAGCCCCUCCCCACCACCACCCACCCCAUAACAGAGCUACAGUGUGUCUGACCAUUUUAGAAAGAAAAGGUCAUUAAUAACCUGUCAUAUAGUAGUGCAUAGUGACUCCAAAUUGCAGAAGACACACUCUUUAUUAACCCUAAAAUUGUUAUUCUCAUUAGUGAAAUGAAUGUUUGCCGAAGAGUUUCUACAACAAAACUGACAUUUGGCAUCCCACAAGCAUCAGUCAGCAUUAUGUGUUUAUCUUUGGACAGAAAGCAUUGUGUUGGUCCUGCCUGUUUGUGUCUGAAGACCACAGCCUCUCCUGGUGAAGAGACCCCAACAAGCAUCGGGUUCACAAUUUAAAGGAGGAUACUUGUGUUUUGUUCCACCAAAUGUAUUGGAAGAUAUAGAAUCAGAAGGGCAAAAACAUGACAUGGUUCUGUUGCACCUCUAGUUCCGCAUCCACCUUCCUUGCCGUGUCAUUUUAGAUGAGACCAACGUGUACCUUCCUAGUCGUGUCCCCCUUUCUCCUUUGGAGUUCUGGAUUGUACAUCAUCUUCAUCCUUUCUAAUGUUUUGGUGUGUUUUCUUGAAGGGCUUAUGCACAUGAGAAAAAAAAUAUCGAGUCUAUUUUAAUCUUUAUUUAAUUUUUAUGUACUAUAAUAAACUUCCAGAGACAGGAGUGUUUUUUUUUUUGGUCUUCAUUAGAUCCCUGAUUUUGGGUGAGCCAAUGUUAAAGAUGUACAUUUGAAUGUCAGAGGGAAAAUAUGUACCCUGUCUCACUCUGCCUUUUUUAUGUGUAAAGAAAAAAGAUGUAAGAGAAGGAGAUGGAGAGACUGAGACGUGUUUACCACGAGGUUUACUUUGAGGAAAGAACCUUUACAUCAGUGCCAAAUCGCAUGAGGAUGUGCAUGGGCAUGCACGCCCGAAUUUAUCUACAAGGACUAUGCUAAACCCCUCUAAGCUCAAGUGAGGGUUCAAUUAUUCCAGCAGUGUGAAUUCAACUAAAAGCAAACUUUAAACAUAAUAUUUCAUUUACUUCAAAAUCAGAAGUAUUAUCUCAGCACAUUCAGUUACUGGUGUUAGAAGUUGAGGUAAUGGUGUUAGCCUCCUAACUUUAGCUGUAGUGCUCUGAGCCUCCUCGUGUUCUCGAUGACAAGUGAUACAACACUCACUUUAAAAAAUAUUACCAGUCCCAUAUUGUUUGGAGCUUUUUACAAGUAUAUAUAUUUAUAUUUUGUGAAACAUUAUCAAUCAAGGGACACGUUUCUUACAUAAAUUUCGACAUUUUAAGGAUUGUCCAUAGAUGUUCUAAGUUGAUGGGUUUACAGGCAAAGGCAAUAAUGUUUUAGAAAAAUGGGGAAGAUGUUUGAGUUCCUUCUUUUCCUCUCCCUUAAGGAGGUGGCUGUGAGGGCGGGAAACAAUUUAUGUAUAAAAACACUAUUAAAGCAGCAAAUGUUACUAUUGGUGUUUGUACAGUUCAGCUCUUGGAGUUCUGAUGUUGGCCUUACUGUCCAUUCCUCCUCUGUUGAUGUUUUUUCAGUUGUAUUCUGUACAAAAAUAUUUUGCAAUAAAUAUGGAACUGUUUUCUAAGGA